AACCGGUGUAUUUACAUUGCUUUGAAGUGUCACAGCAACAACUAGCACGUUUUUCUAUAUGAAACAGUUUUGUUUCUGUUUUUUUUUUUAUAUUUUGUAAUUGUCCUAGCUUUUUUACCCAUUUAAAAAAAAAGAAAUAUGUCAACAUGGGUGUUCGUGGUUUGAAGACAUUUUUGGAGCGUGAACAACAAACUCGUCCAAUAAAUAUCGGAAAUGAAGUCGACAAAUGGAAGAGAGCGAAUCCCGGUAAAACACCGAUCAUCGUCAUAGAUUUCCUAAGUUUAACAAAUGGCUUGACAAAGAAGGAAGAAGAUGCAAUUUGCGGUGGUCGACACCAAAUCGCGCUUGAAAAUUGGAAGAAAAUGUUGAAUGCACUGAAGUCAACUGGAAGUUCUUUGGUAUUUUUUUCGGAUUUGAACAUCCAAGUGGGCAAAGUGGACGAAUGGUUGAAUCGACGUAAUGAAGAAUUUCUCAUCUACACGGAAAUAUACGAUUUGAUCGACAGUGGCAUAUCACUAAGAGAAGUGAUUGAGCGGCAAAGUGAUAAAAAGUCAGUUUCGUCAACAUUUUACGGCAUGGCUGUGAUAGCCCGGGAAUAUGGCCAAUUCAAUUAUUCAAUUAGAAGAGAAUGCGAUUUGGAAAUUGCAAAUUAUGCUAAAAAUAACAAUGCAUUAGCUGUAAUCACGAACGACACCGAUUUCCUCAUAUUUGAUGGAAACUGGAGGCUUUGGUCCCCACAAGACAUUCACAUAACGCAAUCGAAUCGACUAAAAACCAUUGAAUAUAAUCGAAAUGGAAUUGCAAAUACCUGUUCUCUCGCCAGACAUCAACUGCCACUUUUUGCCACAUUAUUGGCCAAUGAUUUCACGCAUGGCUAUUAUAAUCAAUUGGCACGAUUUUAUUGCAGCAUGGGCCCGAUGAAAUAUCGAAUUAGAAAUGUUGCACGAUAUGUUCGUAAGCUUGGCAACGUUAAUCUCAACGAAUUCGAUAUCAGUCGAAUUAUUCAGCAAGUGUUUGGCUACACCAACGAUGAAUUGCAGCAACUUUUCAGGCAAAGUCUUGAUUCCUACAACAUUGAUUUCUCGCCCAUGCAAAUUGACAAUCCAUUGGAACAAAAGCUAUUGAAUACGGCCAUGUAUCGACCAUAUAUGGCAAACAGUUGUGGAAUUCAUGGCUUCACAAUGGGUUUUUAUGAUAUGCGAGGAUCCAGUGCCAAUUUACCAAUUCUUCUCAUCGACUGGGUAAAACGUAGAAAAGGCAUUUUAAAACGGAAUACCAAUGAAACAUUUUUAGUUUUAGCAAAAAAGAACAUGAAUCAAUCAUUUGUAUCUCAUACUGAAACAGUGAUCUGUCCUGAAUUUCCUCUGCCUUCCUUAGAAGAAUUAUACGUUGGAACUGAUGAUGAUUCGAAAAUUAUCGACAUAAAAUGGAAACUUCUUGCAUGGAUCAUGUCACUUUCGGAAGAUGUCAUUUCUCUCAUCAAAAAUUUGCCGAAAGACUAUGUGUUGAUCAGCACCAUUCUCUUUGCGUUAGUCAAGGGCGAAUUGAUCGGCACGGAAGAGGCGGACGGAAUUCUUUACACGGAGAGUAUGGUUUAUGCGAACGCAACAUCGAAUGUAGAAUAUCCCAUUGCGGUCGUAUCAAAAAACGUUCGCGCUGCCCAUCUGUACAAUAUCACCUUUGGGUCAAUUCGACAAAAUUUUUCCAUUGCUGGUCUACUGCCAUACAUUCAGGAAGUUCUUCAAUUUGACGGAGUUUAUUAUCAAAAGUUGAUGGAGAAAAUCAGCUCGAUGAAUACGGCUGAACGGGAAAUUUUGUUUAAUCCCAUCAGAAAGUAUAGGAUUUAUGCCAAUAUCAGUUGAACAUACAUAUUUUUGUUAUUUAUUUGUAUAAAAUAAAACGAGUGCAAAAAUUGAA